AUGGAACCGAGAAACCAAACAGAUGUUUCAGAAUUCCUUCUCCUGGCACUGACAGAGGAUCAGGAACUGCAACCUCUCCUUUUUAGCCUGUUUCUGUCCAUAUAUUUGGUCACUGUCCUGGGAAACCUGCUCAUCAUCCUGGCCGUCAGCUCUGACCCCCACCUCCACACCCCCAUGUACUUCUUUCUUUCCAAUCUCUCAUUUACUGACAUCUGUCUCAGCACCACCACGCUCCCAAAGAUGCUGGUAAACCUCCAAGCAAAAAAUCAGAGCAUCACUUAUGCAGGAUGCCUCACCCAGGUCUGCUUUGUCAUGAUUUUUAGUACUUUGGAAAAUUUUUUCCUUGGAGUAAUGGCCUAUGACCGCUAUGUGGCCAUUUGUCACCCACUGAGGUACAUGGUCAUCAUGGAUGCCCACUUCUGUGGCCUGCUGAUUCUAGUCUCCUUGCUCGUUAGCAUUGUGGAUGCCCUGCUCCACAGUCUGAUGUUGUUGAGUCUGUCCUUCUGCACAGAUCUGGAAAUGCUUUACUUAUUUUGUGAAGUUUUUCAGGUCAUCAAAGUUGCCUGUUCUGAAACUCUCACCAAUAACAUCAAUCUUAUAUUUUACAGCUAG